AUGUGCACUCAGAUCCUGGCAUUGCGUGUGAUUCAUGGCUGCGCCUUAGGAUGCACCCCUCCGACAACCCAGAAGCUCAUCACGCUUUCCACUGAUGAGAAGAGCCAUGCCGCUGCCUUUGGCAUGCUGCACUGUGUGGCAUGUCUGGGCCGCCUCGUCUCCGCAGUGCUCGUUACAUACGUUUCUGGGCUCCAGAUAGCGGGCUACCCCGGCUGGCGCGCGUGCUAUCUGGCGUUGGGCGCUGUGUGGUUAGCGAUGUCAGGAAUAACUGUGUUUUUCCUGAAGCCUGUGAACGGUGAAGACAUCCCAGUUUCGAUGGAGGAACGAGGUUCCAUCAUGGAUACAUUGCGUGCCAUCUUUAAGACAGCUACGUGCAAGUUGCUGCUGUUCGUCGUCUUCAUAUCGGAUGCGCCAUUCUGCGCCUUCGCAUACAUCAUCCUGUUCCUGCAGUACUCAGGCGUCUCGGACAUGAAAUCGGGUAUCACGUGCGGGCUCACGCUGGUCGGUGGCUGUCUUGGAGGAGGCCUCGGCGGAUUCAUUGUUGAUUGGUGCCACAAGAAAAGUGCCGACUACGGCAGGCUCCAUGCAGCCAAUGUGAUUAUGCUCAUUCGCCUUGCUGCAUCCGUCGCAUUGUUCAUGGGGCCGGCGCCUGAUGGUGAUGUCUCGUGGUACCACGUGAUUGAGCUCAUGAUACUGGGUGCGAGCCUAAUGACCGUGAGUAGCAUUGAUCGGCCUAUAUUGGCGUCGGUGGUGCCCAAGAAGUACCAGGCCUCUGCAGCUGGAUUGAUCCGUUGCAUAGCCGGUGUUCUAAGUACCAUUUGCUUCCUUCCACUCUGUGGUUUCUUGGCGGAGAAGGCCUUUGGCUACGAGCCGUCAAGCGCGCCGAUAUCAUCCAUGCUCAGGUCGACGAGGGUCAACAAUGGAGAGGCAUUGCGCAAGUCCAUUAUGUACCUUCUACUUAUCGGCACCGCAAUAAACGCCAUGUGCUACGCCGCCUUCUUUUUCACCUACCCACAAGACAGCAAGGCAAACGAGACGGAAGAGGAAUCGCUGGUUUCGGAUGCAUGCGAUGUGGCUUGA